GCGCAUGCGCGCUGAGCUUACGCGCGUCUUCUCGUGUACUAUGCGUCGGUGGUGACUUGACGAGUGCAAGUGUUGUGUACUAUUUCCUAAAGACCGUGAUCUGUGUGCCUUUACGAUGAGGUCUUGCAGCGCACUCGCGCUUUUUACGUUAGCCGUGUUGACAGAAUGCCUUGCCGCCUCAGACCGUUUGCGGCAUCGAUCCGGCCCAGUCAGGAGUGUUCCCGUGGCGGCAAAUGUUAAACGAGAUGUGGACUUCGACUGUCCAGAGGAGUUCGGCUACUAUCCUCAUCCCACCGACUGCACAUUGUACUAUGUUUGCGUGUUUGGCGGCGCCCUACUUGAAUCAUGUACUGGUGGACUUAUGUACAGCCAUGAGCUCCAAACGUGCGAUUGGCCGCGCAACGUAGGCUGUGAUGGUGCCAGCGCUGGUGGUGGCGAGGAGUUGGAGCGGUUCAGUGAGCGAGACGACCCACCGCCACCGCCCCCACCGCCACGACGCACGCCGCCACCCCCACGAGCUCAGCCCAAGCCGAUCAUCACAUCCAGAGGACAACCAAAAUUCAAUCGCGUGGAAUACGAAAAGCAACAACAGCUGUAUGCGGAAAUAGAUGAUUUACCUCCCGUAGAAGAAAUCGAAAGUGACAGACAGCAGCGCGUUUAUCGAGGACAACCUUCGACAAUAGGUCAAGUCCAAAAGGAUAGAGAUGGCUACGGAUCUCAAGCUAUUAGCUCCGGGAGAACUGUCAACUCGAAUAUAAUUCCAGCAUCCUUACCACAAACCGGUAAAAUUGGAUCAUUUUCUUUCGGCUCGCAAAUCGAUGACAGACGGGCUGCCACUAUAACUCCUGCUCCUCAAAAAUACAAUGAAGACAUUGACGACGUGACUGACACUCUCCAUGACCGACAAUUAGACCUUGAUACAAAUUUAGUUGAUGUUACUGACUCUAUUCAGAAACCUCUUCUAAGGAAAAAAAGAGAAGUUGCAGUUGAUAGCUUAGGCAAAAACUUAACUUUUGUUGAAACUGUAAAUAAUACGUUCGAUAAUCCAGAAAAUAUUUCUAAGCGAAGUGAUAGUGGCGAAGAAAUGGAAUAUUACGAAGCUGAUCCAGAAGAUGUUGGUGUUCUUGAUGAUCAUUUUAUUCAAGACGAUGUUGAAAGAGGGAAAAGGCAAAUCAGAUACUAUUUAAAAAAUGGUUACAAGCCUCCGUUAAAAAAUUGGGGUAUCGCUAAGCCUGUCAGACUUGUAGAUCAACAACCUAGACCUAGCUAUAAUCAAAAUUCACAAUCACAGAGAUAUCAGCCUACUUACAAUAAUAAUUAUAAUGAUCCAGGUCGACUAUACUUUUCAUAUGAUAGUAAUAGACAUUCCACCGCAAAUCCACUGGUUUCAUAUCAAGAAAGUCAAACCGAAAGGCCAUUUAGACCUAGUUUACCAGAUCCAGCGCACCAAAAGCAUGUCCAUAAUCCUAUUAAUACUGUGACAAACUUGAUUACCAAAAGUCCGCCUAUAUCGUCACUUUCUAGCAAUAAUAAUCCAUUUACUUCGUUGAAUGGAGGAUUUUAUAACAACUCUCCGCGACCGAAUCACGAACAAAUCCAAUCGCAUUAUAUUACUUCUUUACAUCACAUCAAUGAUGGCUUAUAUCACGAUUCAUCUAUUCUCCCCAGUACAGUAGUGACUGGUAAACCGGUCCCAGUUUCUACUUCAGAACGAUUACAGAGUACAUAUAGGCCAAAAUCGAAUAAGUCUCAGAGUCAGCAAUCCGAAAAUAAAAACGAAUCGGAACACACCCACAAGCAGCCUCAAGAAGAAGAAUAUGAUGAAGAAGGAAGCUCUGAAGAAAACCAAGAGUCAUCAGAAGAAUACGAUGAUGACGAUUUCAAGCAUGAUUUUCCGGAACCCCCAUAUGAAUUCACUCAUCCAAGCAAUAAAUACGCGGAAAUUGAGAAUCCUUUUGCUAAUCCUAAUUUUGAUUUUGAUGCAUUUUUGUCGAAAAUAAGUAACGGUCAGUACACGCCUGCUCCGAAAGUCAUACCGAAAAUUGUGAACUCUGCUGUAGGUUCAUCAAGUCCAGCAAAUGUUAGGUCUGUUUUGCCAAGCUCGACAUUAAAUUACCAGGGCAUGAGUACUCCGAAACCAUUUACACCUGACAAUUCAUUCACGACGCAAUACAAAGACAAAAAUACAGAAUUUCAGCCAGUUAUCAAACAAUCUCAAUUAUAUGACCAAUUCCAAAGUCCAAAACCUAGUUUGCAGUCAUAUCCACAGCAGCAGCAACAACAACAUAACUAUAAUGGAAACGUCUAUACCAAAGCUCAACAAACAGCUGGAACUCCACUUGAUGCUAUACGACCAAAAUUGAAACCGCCGAAUUUUAAAGAUGACCGUCAGCUUCCAAUUACUUACAGUUUCACUACACCCAACUCAAUAGAUCAAACUAAAUUAAAAGAAGAAAAUCAGCGCAUCGUGGCUGUUACUCCAAAGCCACAUGUAUUUGCGAGUGGUACAGGUGGACCUCUUAUUUUGUCCAACUCCAAACAGCAAUACAUAAAUCUAGAGCAUUUUACAGAACCUCAAAAUCGUUUUUCGGUUACUACUAGGCCUUAUUUCGCAACAUCUGUUAAGCCUUAUGAGGCACAUGUCAAAUCGACACAAAAACCACUCACGACUAUUACUAAUCAGCAACUUUCAGCACUGCAACAGUAUUGGAAAAAUAAUCCAACGGCAAAUCCACUUUCAGUACAAUCCGUGACAAUUCGUCCGGGCAGUAGUCCUAACAUUGGGCAGUUCGAGACUUUCUUCGGGGAAACCAUAAAGUCUUCCACGAAACCUCCAAUGUUCAAUCAAAAUACAUUCACUAACCUAGGUAGAGAGCAGUUCAUUACUACGGUAAAGCCAGCAACGAAACGUAGACCAAUUCCUAAGCCCUCGCCGGAAAUGAAUGACUAUUAUUAUGAUGAUGAGGACGAACAAUAUUAUUAUGAACCUGUCGUAAAACCAAAAUAUAUGCCAAGUACAGAAAUCAAACCGCAGAGACCACCUCUCGCACAAAAUUACAAGGAGUAUGAUGACAGUUAUGAAGAUUCCAGAGAAGAAACUGCUACUGUCAAACCAUUACAAAAAGUAACACAAAGACCAACCAAAUAUUAUAAAAUCAAACCAGAAACUACGACCAAAAAUCAUAACGAUGUAUCUGCUCCUAUCAAGAGCAUUAGUAACAAUGAAAAUAACAAAAUACCCAUACCCGUUUUGGUGGAAUAUGCAAAUCCGACGUCAUCGGUUUUAAUACGUCCAGAUGUUUCAAAUUAUGAAAUCAUUAAUCACCAUACCCGUAAUCGCACCAUUCAUUUAAAGAAACCAAUUUCAAAUGAAUCUGGUCCAUACACUAGUGCACCUCCAAAAUAUUUGAAUCAAACGACAUUAAGACCAUAUACAGUUAGGCAUAGAUUAGCUAAACCGACAACUGUACCUGAGACUUCAAAACAGAAUCACACACAAAAUAGAGUUCGAAUGAGACAUCCCAAUAUUGUUGCUCAAAAACUGACUACUCCAAGAGACAGUUACAAUCAAGAAACUCGAUUUACUAAAAUUAAUCAUGACGGUAAAACAAACAGCUUGGAACCGACAGAAAAUCUAUCUCCAGUAUCUUAUUCACCAAGCCCUCGACCUAAAAUGUUGUACAAUGGAUCUCAAGCGUAUAAUCCCGAUCAAUAUGAUCCAUACUAUGCAGUCUAUGAUGAAGACGGCGAGUUAUACAAGGAUACAGAUUAUGUGCAGCAAUAUAACGUUGCAUCGGUCCGCCCAGCAGUACAGCAGACAUACAGAGGUACUCCACCUCCAGCCAGACGACCCGUCGAAACGUACACGGCAAGGCCAGUGUCCGCUGAUGAUUACGACGAUGCACUCAUCCAAGGACAGAUUAGCAACCAAAAUCAAUACCAAGCACCCGUUCGUCAUUCUACGAGGGGCGAAGGUAAUGAAUUGGGCUAUGAGCAUAACCCGAGCAGCAUAAGGACGACACUGUAUGAAACUACUUCUAUUAGCACAACCCCUUCUACUACGACAAGCACUACAACUACCACGACUACACAACGCCCUACCACUGCACCAUAUACUGAAGCUAUGACCCCGUCUCGAUACACGCCAAGAUCAUCCACAGAUGAAAACCCUACUCCCAAAUCUGAUACUUCUUCUACUGCCCCUGAAAAUGAUCCUACCCCUUCGACAACACCGUCUCAUAUUAAUUUAUCCUAUCUUGCAAAGCCUUUUGAAAUAACUGACAAUUUACAUAGAUUAGAACAGACCUUACCGACAACUGAAAAAAUGUUGACUUCUAGACGUUCUUCUCGUGUGACUAACAAUAACAAUAAUAUCCCUGUGGACGUGGAACAAGUCUCUUCUAAUAAAGGCAAGAAAAAACUAGUGUCAUUAACGACUGGUUUUUCUAUUAGACGAAAUUUAAACAAUACAAAUAACCCAUAUACGUUGACGGUUCUAACGCGACCAAUAGAUGAAUUUAAUAAUCCACGAAAAAACCAUUCACGUAUUAACAAUUCUUCUACUGGUAAGCAUUCGCAACGAUAUCGUUAUGAAAUCAGCGAUAGUAUAAGCAACGACAACAUAAGUCGCAGUAAAGAAGAAAAUAAUAGUUUCAGUACAUCCGCAGAACCAGUUAAUCGUCGAACUGAUAUCACAAAAGAAAUAACUGAAGAAUAUGAUAUUCCGAUUCCUAUUAUGCCACCUAGUAGAAAAUUAAUUUCUGUUGAAACAACUACCCCUACAACCACAACAACAAAAUACUACUUAAAAACUGUUAUUAAACGACCAAGUUCUGUUAGUACUGAACAAUUUCAAGAGAAUACCGUCAGCACUGAAAGCAUUCUAAGAAAUCAAGCUGAAAAAGCCGACGCUAGGAGUCAAGACAAUAUUUUACUCAAAAAUCAAUCGAGAUCGGAUAAGUAUAAAGCACAAACUGAACCAUUUGUUUCCCCAUAUCGUACUUUGGACAAUUUACGUAAUAGUUAUCGAGUGGACGAACAAAUUCCAGAGUCUUCUUCGGCUAAAACUACUUCAUCUACUACAACACAAAAAUUAAGAGAUAAAUCAAAUUCACUUUCAACAAGAAAAGCUGCACAACUUUCACGUGUUGCACCGUCUUACUACAGUUAUCGUUUAGAAGACGAAGUUAUCCCAAACCAUACAACAGAAGUAUUCAGUGGAAAAGUCAAACAUGUCAUUCAAGCGUUUUUGAACAAUGUAGAUAGUUCACCCAUACCACAACUUGUCGAAAAAAUACCAGAUCAGAGCUCUACGACUCCAGCUUCUUCUACUGAAGAAAGGAUUGUGAACAUAGGUUUUCAGCGAAAAAGCGUGAAAUACACAACCGAAAAGCCUUUACGUAAUAAUGUUAAAAGGUUACAAAUAGUAACUGAAUCAAGCAUAAUUAAUACAGAUAAAACAAAUUUAAAUAAAAUUAAACCUUCUGAAAAUGAUGAAACUGUAAAUCAAGAUUUUGCGCUAAUUAACCCUGUAGAUAGUGUGAGUACAACUUCUGUGGUACAUACAACGUCAACAGCAGCACCAGUCCAGAAAGAAAACUAUGAACAAUUGUAUGUACCAAGCAGAGAUUACUACUCGUUAAAAUUCAACAGCUUAGUAAACAGUACAGAUGCUCCAGCAAGAUUUGUGCCAGCGUCGGAAAAGUCGCAAAAAUUUAAAAAUGUAAUGAAUUUAGAACCGUCAACUGAAUCUGUCGACGUUGUUAUAGAAGAAGCUAGUGAGAAAAAAAAUGACGAUCAAAUUGUUGAUAACAACAGUUCUGUUGUUAAUGACGAACAACAGAAAAACGAUAAUGGGUUAUUUAGUGAUAUUGCUUCUACGACAAGCACUACAAAAGCAACUACGACAAUUAAAUCCGAACAGACUACGACAACGACAACGACUGUUAAAAGCAUUUCCUUCCCAACGCGAGCCUCUCGAGUCAAUCCUGCCAUUAAGUUAGCCGCGACAAAUCUUGGAGGUGGGCGCAGGAGUUACCAAUCUACAUCGAAAUGUUCAUCAGACAACAGUCUGCAACCGAAUCCCAAAUGCAACGAAAUCAAAUACCAGAGACCUACGAGUACACGUGGGCGCGGUUCAGCGCAUUUCUCUACGUCGAGUGGAUCAGAUGCACCUCUGCCGCCACCCAACCGAGGAACACCCCCAACACGCAGCCGGCCGACAUUGAAACCCUCCACAGCUAUUGUCUCAAAAACGACAGAGUUUGUAGAUAUCUACAACCAUCCGCCCAGUAGACCAGCGUCUGUUUAUCCUCAACCAACACCGGAUAAGACGGCGGCGAAAUGCAGGAAAGACGUUUGUUUGUUGCCAGACUGCUACUGCGGUGGAAAGGAAAUCCCAGGAGACUUACCGGUGGAGUCGGUCCCGCAAAUUGUUCUUCUGACCUUUGACGAUUCCGUCAACGAUUUGAACAAAGGCCUGUAUACUGACCUCUUUGAGAAAGGUCGUGUCAACCCGAACGGCUGUCCGAUUACGGCAACAUUUUAUGUCUCCCACGAAUGGACUGAUUACAGCCAAGUUCAGAACCUCUAUUCUGCUGGACACGAGAUGGCCUCACACACGAUUUCCCACAGCUUUGGUGAACAAUUUUCCCAAAAGAAAUGGAACAGAGAAGUUGCUGGCCAACGAGAAAUUCUUGCAGCUUAUGGUGGUGUAAAACUUGAGGAUGUUAGAGGAAUGAGAGCGCCGUUCCUUUCCGUUGGUGGAAACAAAAUGUUCAAAAUGCUGUACGAUUCUAACUUCACUUACGACUCUUCUCUCCCAGUGUAUGAAAACAGACCGCCCAGCUGGCCUUAUACUCUCGAUUAUAAACUAUUCCACGACUGUAUGAUACCACCGUGUCCGACGAAAUCCUAUCCAGGUGUUUGGGAGGUCCCCAUGGUGAUGUGGCAAGACUUGAACGGGGGCCGAUGCUCCAUGGGUGAUGCUUGCGCUAAUCCACCUGAACCCGAAAACGUUUAUAAAAUGAUUCUGAAGAACUUCGAUAGACACUAUAGCACCAACAGGGCACCUUUCGGUUUAUUCUAUCACGCGGCUUGGUUCACUCAGCCGCACCACAAGGAAGGCUUCAUCAUGUUCUUGGAUCACAUCAACCAGAUGCCGGAUGUGUGGAUAGUCACUAACUGGCAAGCUCUACAGUGGGUCAGGGAUCCCACUCCUAUCUCUAGGAUAAACAAUUUCCAGCCUUUCCAGUGCAACUAUCAGGAUCGGCCGAAGAAGUGCAACAACCCCAAAGUGUGCAACCUUUGGCACAAAUCCGGAGUAAGGUACAUGAGAACAUGUCAACCCUGUCCCGAAGUGUACCCUUGGACCGGUAAAACGGGCAUCAGAUCUUCACGCAUCGACAACGACAUCGGAGAGUAAUCCAUACAUUAACACAGGUAGAAAUAUUUAGCAUCUUGUAGACGAUGAUGAUCCUAUGAAUUUAUAAUUAGAUGUCAUAGCCAACGAGGCAAGGAUCGUUUCAUUUUGUAAAUUAUUUCACAGUAGAAAUUUUAUUAUCACCUGAGAUCAGUGCCAUUUAGUUUUCGAUGGUCACAAAAAAAAUAAUAUAAAAACAAAAAAUGUUUUCGUUGUAAAUCAAUUCCAUUGAAUGUUGUGAUCCGAACUUUUGUGCAGCGUGCUUUUUAAGACGUGUAUAAUGUAUUGGAAACUGUGAUAUUUUGUGUUUUCAAUCAGCUCGAAUGAAGAUUGUGUCAAUUUUACGUAAACCAUGCUUCCUAAAAUCAAAUUUACUUAUAUCCAUUUGUCUUUAAUCAUAAUUUUUUUUAUCUCAAAAAAAUACUCUCGUUAUCUAGUGCUAGUUCGCUAAGCGCCGGUUAUUUUUUUUACUUAGAAACUUUAAGAUGACUUAUACUAGCCAUUUAUGAGUAUCGUGUUCUUUUAAUCUUGCCAGCUUUGUGGUUGACACUGCCUUUUAUGAAUGUAAAUAUAGUUAAUGUAUAGUUUACUAGUAGGUUAAUUGUAGUUAAGUCUUCAAUGUUUUCGUACUUUGAGUAAUAUUGAAUCAAAAUUCAUUUUGUAUACCACUGAUAUUUUCUCGUCUGUUACUUUGUGUAGACGUCUGAUUACAUCGUAGACAAAUGAUGUUGCACAUGUCUAUACGAAUGUAUCGAUUUGUUGUAGUUACGAAAACAAAGUUUUGAAUUAGUUAAUGUUUCAUUUUACAACAACGUUUUUAAGCAAAUGAAUAAAAAUUUUAAUAUAGUUAAAAAUACAAAAAUAUAAAUCUACCCCCUUUUUCAGUAUACAGAUGCAAAAAUGAUAACAAUAAUCAAACAUCACAUUCCAUAAUAAUGUAAAAUAAUUUUAAACAUACGCUAUACAAUAAUGACGUAAUUUUAAGCACAUAAUAUGUCUAAUGACACAAAUUAUGAAUAAUGUUUUCAAUUCAAUUCAAUUCUCGCAUUAGUAAUGUUUUGGUUUGCUAUUGCAAUCAAAGUUAUAAGAAGCGCUUGCAUUGACAUUAUUUAAAAAUAUCUAUUAGUAUUUAUAAGUAAAUUUAAUGUAAAUAUUUAAAGAAUAUUAUUUAAAAUUGGUAGUUUACAUUUUUUAUAAAUCUCGUCAAAAUUACUGUUUUGAAUAUAUUUCGUAUAUUUAUCAUACUUCGUUUUUGGCAUAAUACCUAUUUAAGAGGAUCAUAAGGAAAUAUGUGAACAGUGCUAAAAAAUAAAUGCUA